UCUGCAGGGUUGGUGGUGGUUUUGUUUUUUUUUUAACUGAUAGGCGCCAUAUUCAGAGCAAUCCGUUUCCAUUCUGUUGUUCCCGUUGUACCCACGAGCAGCUGACAAAUUUGUCUUCGCUACUGGAAAAUAAAGAUCGCACUCAAGGAAGUCUUAAGGCAGCCCAAAUCCCCAUCUUCCCGUAGUAAAGAUGGCGGCGCCCUGACUGUAAACGACAGGUAAAGCCACUUCCGCAUUUUUCCUGCGCCCUCGUCCAAGAUGGCGGACGAGGCUACCAGGCGUGUAGUGUCUGAGAUCCCGGUGCUGAAGACUAACGCUGGACCUCGAGAUCGGGAGUUGUGGGUGCAGCGACUCAAGGAGGAAUAUCAGUCUCUUAUCCGGUAUGUGGAGAACAACAAGAAUGCAGACACUGAUUGGUUCCGACUGGAGUCCAACAAGGAAGGGACUAGGUGGUUUGGAAAAUGCUGGUACAUCCAUGAUCUCCUCAAAUAUGAGUUUGACAUCGAGUUUGACAUUCCUAUUACAUAUCCUACUACUGCUCCAGAAAUUGCUGUCCCUGAACUGGAUGGAAAAACAGCAAAGAUGUACAGGGGUGGCAAAAUAUGUCUGACCGAUCACUUUAAGCCUUUGUGGGCCAGGAACGUGCCCAAGUUUGGACUAGCUCAUCUCAUGGCUCUAGGGCUGGGUCCAUGGCUGGCAGUGGAAAUCCCCGAUCUGAUUCAGAAAGGCGUAAUUCAGCAUAAAGAAAAAUGCAACUGAAGGAUCAAGCCACUGAGGCUGGACAGAGGGACCUUUGAUGGGCUACAUACUUGUUUUCUGUUCAUCCCUUACUGCUUCCCUUAGCUCCUUCACCCACAAUUGUUACUAAGUAGCUGCAGCAGGCAUUGUGGGGGGUGGGGGAGGAGCAGUAUUGCUACUGAGUUUUCUAAGGGAGGGGAAAGCCUGGGGCUUUGAAAAACCAAAAGGCCACUUUUUUCCCUUCCCCUAAGUGGAACAGUGUAAGGUCCUGGAGGGAUGGAGGGUGAGGGUACAUAGUCUUUUUGGUUCCUGGAGAUAACUCAUCAAUAAAGUGCUUCCUCU